UCUCUCUCUCUCUCUCUCUCUCUCUCUCUCUCUCGUUUCUUUUUAGGGUUUAAGUUUCAGACACAGACACACAGUCGAGCUACGUGGAUAUCUAAAAAUAGAAGUAAGCGUCAUGAUGAGCACUUAUAACAUGGUUAAGCAAGAAUUUAUCAAGAAAUGGAUAACUACUCUCCACAUGUUAGAUUGUUCUGUUGAACAUCCCUUGAACGUAACCGAGAGGAAAAAUGCGAUAAAACUGUCAUCGGAUAUAGCUAUGGCAGCCGCUAGAAGCGGCUCUACUGUAUGGAGCCGCGCUCUCAUCUCUAGGAGCGGAAACAAGACGGCCAACAAACCUGUGGCUCGUCGAAUACUAAAAAAAGCUAGAAAUCGGUUGAAGAACCGUUGUCUCACUCUUAGGCGAAAUGGAAAUUUCACAGCAAAAAGUGGAGUGAGAAAACGUACGGAGUUGCUUAAGAGUCUUGUACCGGGAGGCGAGUUAAUAAAAAACAAAGAUUAUUUGAUAAGAGAGACACUUGAUUACAUCGUCUAUCUCCGAGCGCAAGUGGACGUUAUGCGAACCGUCGCAGCAGUAGAUUCAGUAACCGGAAACUUAACGAACGAUAACAAAUAAAUGUGCAUGCGUUUCCGCACUCUUGUGCAUAUGAAGUAGCUAAUGAUUUAGAUGAAUGUCCAUGUAUGUACAUAUAUAGGAUAACACUAUCUUAUACUAUCAUAUAACAAAUUUCGAAAUGUAUUAUCGAGUACUACUUACUACUGGUGUAAAAUUAAUAUAUGGGUUAAUUUCAUUAGAAGACCACUUGAAUAUUGAUUGAGUUGUAACAUUUUAUUGUCUAUGCAGUAUGUACUGAUGUAAAUUUACGCUAAGUAAGGUUUUUGUGAUACAAUUAAACUUGUCAGAAUUGUUUUUACAACUAAUAAAUAUAUUGCGCGUACAUUUUGUCUA